UGGAUCAUCCACGGCGAGGCCUAUGAUUUGUCGGCCUUCCGCGAGCGCCACCCGGGCGGGACGACGGCGCUGGAUCUGUGCCGGGGCAGCGAUGCGACGGACCUCUUCGAGCAGUUCCACGUCAUGACGGACCUGCACCGCGCGGCGCUGCGCAAGUACCGCGUCGGCGGCCGGGCGCCGGCGACGGCCGCGGAGCCGUACAGCGCGUUCCACGAGGACGUGAAAGCCAUGGUCCGCGACCACUUCGGCGGCCGCGGCGACGCCCACAAGGCGUCCUGGGAGCACCUGGGCCACAUGGCGGUCGUCUUCGCCGUCUACGCCGCGGGCUGGCGCGGCUGGUGGGCCGGCGACGUCGUCCUGGGCGGGCUCGUGCUGCCCGUUUGCGCGUGGCUCAUCAUGGCCAACUUCGCGCACGACGGCAGCCACCACGCCGUGUCGAGGAAGCCCUGGGUCAACGAGCUCGCGCUCCUCACGUCGUCGCCGCUCCUUUAUAGUUAUGGCAGCUGGUACCAGCAGCACUGCGCGUCGCACCACCUCGAGACGAACGACCCCGACUCCGACGUCGACGUGCAGCACCACCCGUUCACGCGGUGGCACCGGUCCAUGCUGCGGGACAGCGCGUCCAUGACGGGCGUCGUCAACCUCUUCUGGCACUUCACGGCCUUCCUCGUGUCGACGAUCAACAUGUCGAACGUGCACCCCUGGAAGUUCGUCUCGGGCCGCAUGCACCGCCAGGGCUUCAUGGACGGCUGGCGCGGCGGCCUCGCCGUCGCGAGCUUCCUGUCGUCCGUCGCGUUCCUCGCGACGCCCUAUUUCCGCUUCGGCCCGGCGCGCGCCGCGGCGCUCACGCUCCUGCCCUACCUGGUCACGUCGGCCUUCUUCUUCACGGUCACGCAGAUCUCCCACGUCCAGGCGCCCUGCCAGAAGGACCAGGACCGCGCGACGGGCGACUUCUUCAAGAUCCAGGCGACGACGUCGCUGGACUACGGCGUCGACUCGGAGCUCUGGCGCUUCCUCACGGGCGGCCUCAACGUCCAGGCCAUCCACCACGUCCUCCCCGUCGUCAACUCCUGCCACUACACGAAGCUCUACCCGAAGUUCUACGCGCUCUGCGAGAAGCACGGCUGCGCGCCCGCGAACAGGCCGGGCAUCCUCUCCGCCGGCUACGCCCACCUCAAGCACAUCUACGACCUCGGCGAGCUCUACACG